AUGGCCGGUGUGCAGCUCGACGAGCAGCGCAAGAGCGGCUUUGACUUUUCCGGUCACACGCGCAAUGCUGCGCUAGCGGCGAAUGGCCACGCGGUCCCUCGUGCGACGAGCACGGGUACGACGAUCGUCGGACUGAUCUACAAAGAUGGCGUCGUGCUCGGUGCCGAUACGCGUGCGACCGAGGGCUCGAUUGUCGCCGACAAGAACUGUGAAAAGAUCCACUAUAUCUCGGACAGCAUCCGGUGCUGUGGUGCCGGAACGGCGGCCGACACCGAGUUUGUCACGAACCUCAUCUCGAGCAACAUGCAACUGCACGAACUUCAUACUCGCAAGCGCCCCCGCGUCGUAACUGCCAUGACGUUGCUGAAGCAGCGCUUGUUCCAGUACCAGGGCCACAUCGGCGCUGCGCUUGUACUGGGCGGCUUUGACAGCACGGGCCCGCAGCUCUUUACGAUCGCCCCCCACGGCUCGACGGACAAGCUGCCGUACGUCACGAUGGGCUCUGGCUCGCUCGCCGCCAUGUCGGUGUUUGAGAGUGCCUGGCGUCCGAACAUGGAGGAAUCCGAGGCGGUCGAUCUCGUUGCGGCUGCGAUCGAGGCGGGUAUCUUUAACGAUCUCGGCUCCGGCUCGAACGUCGAUGUGUGCAUUAUCCGCGACAAGAACACGCAGAUGCUGCGCAACUUCCGCACGCCGAACGAGCGUGUGAGCAAGGAGCAGAGCUACAAGUUCCCCCGCGGCACUACGGCAUGGACCAAGGAGGAAAUUUACAACAUGAUUGUGAAAGAGGACGUGCUGGGCCUCGACACGGCACCGCACGCGGCCUCCGCCGCGGCCCCUGCCGACGCGAUGGACACGGACGCUUCGUAG